GGGCGGGGAGCGGGCACGGCCGGGGCGUGCGGGGGGCGCGCUUUGUUAUUACGAGUUACCUGUAUUUCUUGGUGUUCCUCUUCCCUCCCGCGUUCUCAGGCCAUGUCGUCCGUCAGGAUCGAGUGCGUGGCCAAGGAGGGCUGCAGGAUCGCGGAGUCGCCCGUGUGGGACGAGAAGGAGGGCGCGCUCCUGUACGUGGACAUCACGGGUAGGAAGGUGUGCCGCUGGAGCCCGGUCACCAGGCAGGUGCAGGCCAUUCCUGUGGAUGCUCCUGUGAGCUCCGUGGCUCUCCGGAAGUCUGGGGAUUAUGUCAUCACCCUAGGAACCAGGUUUGCUGCUUUGAAAUGGAAAGAGGAGCUGGUAACCACCAUCACUCAAGUGGACAAGGAUAAAGCAAACACUCGAUUCAAUGAUGGGAAGGUGGAUCCUGCAGGGAGGUAUUUCGCAGGUACAAUGGCAGAGGAGAUUCGUCCCGCUGUGCUGGAGAGACACCAAGGCUCUCUGUACACACUCUUCCCUGACCUCUCAGUGGUGAGGCACUUUGACCAGGUGGACAUUUCUAAUGGGCUGGACUGGUCGCUGGAUCACAAAACCUUCUUCUACAUUGACAGCUUGUCCUACUCGGUGGAUGCUUUUGAUUAUGACCUCCAAACUGGAAAAAUUGGCAACCGUAGGAGUAUAUACAAACUGGAAAAAGAGGAGAGCAUUCCUGAUGGGAUGAGCAUUGACACAGAAGGAAAACUCUGGGUAGCUUGUUAUGAUGGUGGGAGAGUGAUUCGCCUUGACCCUGAGACAGGAAAAAGACUCCAGACUGUGAAACUUCCAGUUGACAAAACAACUUCCUGCUGUUUUGGAGGAAACGAUUAUUCAGAAAUGUAUGUGACUACUGCCACUGAUGGGAUGGAUAAAGAGUGGCUUUCACGGCAACCACAGGCUGGUGGGAUUUUCAAGAUAACAGGACUGGGGGUGAAAGGAGUUCCACCAUAUCCAUUUGCAGGUUAAAUACACACUCUUCAGAAGGGAUUAGAGAGGGCUGACAUAAGCAAGACAAGUGUGAAGGUCUUAUUCUGGUGUUCAGCAUCUUUGCUUUGAAAUCAUGACACCAUUAUAAUAUUUCAUCAGGAAAGGAUGAAAAACUACUGAAAUACAUGGAAUAUUUUAAAACUGAUCUUUUUUUCCCCUUUAAACUUACUUUAAAUAUAUGAUGGUACUUUUACUGUUUGCUAAAAAGAUUGUCAUCCUAAUAAGCUACUGUUGUAAUUCUAUUUUAUGAUUAAAUAAUAUUUUAAUAUCUUUUUA